AUGGGCGUGUUGCCGCAGGUGGCGGGCGGCCACUUCAAGCGCAUCUAUCACGGCGUCGACGUCAAGUUCGACCAUUUCUGGUAUCCCCUCAAUCCGUCGCCCUACCCGGGCCUGCCAUUCUUCAAGUCGUCUGAGGGGGCGAGUCGUCUGAGGGGGCGGAAGGGGCAGCAGGGGCGGACAGAGACGCCCCUCAGCAUCAGCAGCAGCCGUCGCCCUACCCCCCAUCGCAACAGCUUGUACAGAUGGAGGCGCCGGAGAGGCCUCAGCGUGUCAGGAAGGAUAUGAGUGGCCUCGCCCCAUAGCCCCGGCAAACGCGGCACGUCCCUCUGAGCGGCAGGAUGGCCAUCCUGCUGCUGGUGUGCAGAUGGAGGUGGAGGACGUGUCGAGCGGGGUGCAGCCGGUCGAGGGAGGCC